GACUACCCGCUGUUUAAAAUGGUUCGAAAAAGAAAGCUUUUAAAAUUUCGAUAAAAAAUGUAAAAAUCGCCAAAAAGGUGGGAAAAAAAAAAAAAAAGAGGAAAAUGCACGUAUAACCUCACAGACUUUGCUGAUGUGCCAGAAAAUGUAUACCUUACUUGUACUACAUAAGCUUGAACGGCUUAAGGGCAGAUGAACAGUUGUGGUUGGUCAACUGAGGAGUGUUUUUUUUUUUUUUUUGCCCCAAAGGAAUGUCCCUAAAAUUGAUAAGAUGAGCGUGGCAUGUAAAAACCUACUUCUGCGGAGUAAAUUUUUACCCUUGCGCAUGGUGGUGCGCAGCCACGUUGGGGAUAGCAGCAAGCAUGGACCUGUCCACCCAGCCAGUGGCGCAGCCACAUACGACCCUUUGGAGGGCAAACGAGCAAGUACAUUUUUUUGCGAAAGAAAAGGAAGCUACUCCGUCUAUACGCACAACGAAUUAAUCAGACACUGCGAUGGAAGAUCCGCUAAAAAGGGGAGUACUAACGAAAUGGGGCAUAAAUGUAAUGAAAUUACUUCCCAUUGUGAUACCCACGCGAAAAGACACAAAAUUGAACGUAAUGGAAAAAUACUUAGCGACCUUAUUUCGUUAAGGAGGAUGAAAAAUAAAGACUGCGAAAAGUUAAAGCUAAUAAGUCAACAUAUUUUCAGAAACAUUAAUUUUUACAGUUUAUACGAAAUAGCGGAUAUUUUAAAAUGUACCCAUUUUUUUAGCAUAAUUUUAAAAAAGGAGGACCUUCACAAAUUAGUGAGAAGACUCAAAGUGUUAACAUUUAAUCAGAAGAAGGAGGAAAAGGUGAUGUACGAAAUUAUCCCGAAUCUGUUAAGGAUAAAAGUACCAAGGGAAUACCAGGAUAAAGCAUUAUCUUGUACCCUGACAACUUUUAUAAAUGACUUGCUGCGCUUUUGGUUGAUAUUGCCUCGUUCUGAUAUGUCUAUCCCUACCCCCAGUUACUUAAGCUAUGUGUACUUUGUAAAGGAGGUACAGCUAAUUAUUCUCAAUGAGUUCUGCACGUGGUUGGAUAAAAAAUAUGUCGAUAAUUCAGUGUUCACUUUUUUACAGUCAUUUCAAAGCUCAGUGGGAAGAAAAAAUAGACACCUAGAUUACCCCUUCGUAAAAGAAGUUAGUGAAAUUUUAUUAAAAUUAAAUUGCCAAAUUGAGGUCCUAAAUAUGUAUAACUAUAGUGUGCCCAUUUUUGUAAAGGACUUUUAUUUAAUUGUAGAAUGUAUAGGCAAUAAUGACACUUUUCAGGGGACUCUUACUCUUACUCCCUAUUUUUCCGAACGUUAUGAGCUAUUUAAAAGGCUCGGUUUCAAAGUUUUGCUUCUCUAUAAGCAGCUCCUGCCGAGUGCUGCGGAGGAUAAGUUAAAUUUUGUGAAGCAGUCAUUAUAUUCCAUCAUCAAGUAG